GUGUUCCAUGGAGAACAGUUGAUCAUACGGUGGAUUGACAUCAACCCGGGAUUCGCUUCUCCCCGUCGGGAUUUGCCUUCGUUUUUCUUUUCCCAUUUUUUCCCUUCCAAACCACGCCAUGUGGCCCCUUUUCACGACGUUAACUUCCUGUCGCAUGGCCGGUGUUCCCCCUUUUCGUCGCCAGUAUGGUUUGGCUUUCUGGGAACCAUGAAUAACAUCUUGCCGGUCGGGGAGUUGAAGCGGCCCGCGCGUCGUUUCAACGAUCCCCCCGUGAAACUCGCCUGUCUAUCCUGUCGUGCCCUGCGGAUCCGUUGCGAUGGUCAGGCCGAAUGCGCCAACUGUAUAGCCAAAGAGAGGCCAUGCUGCUAUGUGCCCAGUCGUCGAGGCGGUCCACGCAAUUAUCCCGGUCGUAAGAAUAAAGGCCCCGUCGUCCACAGUCCGAUGGACCUCACUACCGAGGGGAAAGAUUCUCCUCGGCAGAAGACUCCCACGCCGAUGGAGCCCGAGGAGCACGCUCGCUCGGAGGCAGAAGAAUGGGUGAGCCAACUGUCCGGGCUGUGCGGCCCCGGAGCUGGCCUGCGUAAUGUCGAAGUGCCUCUGGCCGAGAUAGACUCGAUCUUCGAUUCCAUCUUCACGCCCGUAGACAAGAGUCCGCCAAACUCGCAGUCGUCCCCCAAGCCUAAUCAGAUCCGAAUCUAUGACAGCAACGAGCACCUACUAAGCGCCUACUACAUCUUCAUCCAUCCGUAUUUCCCCAUUCUCCCCCCGCCGGAGCGCCUGCCGGUGACCAGCGGUCCCAUCUCCAAAACGCCGCCUAGCUUUGAGCCCUCGAAUCCGCUGGGGCGGGCCAUUGCGGCCAUCAUGGUCCUCAUUCCUCAUCCGAACGAAAAGGACCCUGCGCGGCCCGAGUACGUCAAGAUCCGACGGGAUUUUGCUCAUUGCUUCGCCAAAUCGGCGCUGGAUGCGGUCGAAAUUGACUACGAGUUGAAUGAUCCCAAAGGCCCUGCCGCGGAAGGUGUCAAGGCCUUUGACCGCGCGCCAUUCCAUCCGAAAUUGCCGGUCUCGUUGGAAGGAGUGGUGGCGCUGGCGAUGCUGAGCGUGUAUGAAUAUGCACAGCAAGGGCAUCUAGAUCGGAUGCUGCAUCGGUCGAAUCAAUCUCUAGCGCUGGCGCUGAGUAUGUCACUCCACGAGGCGUUGGACGAGGAUGAAUUUGCGGAUGCUCGACGUCGAGUGUGGUGGAUGACCUACAUGACAGCUUGUCAGUCGUUGGCUGUGAGCAAUAUGCCCCCACCGUUCGACUUGUACGAUCCCUGGUUUGUGACGCCGUAUCCUGAGGGAUGGAAACUGCUCGUCGAAGCCCAACAAGCGAUUCUCGAAUCCGCCACAUUUUCUCGAGAUCUCGACCAGGCCAUCAAAUCCGGCGGGGACGCAUCCUGGGUUCUGUCGAGAAUGGCCGAACUCGACAGCCAGAUUGCGUCGCUGCUGCUUCUUUGUCGCGACUCUCUGUCCGUGUCUGAAAUGGUGCCCCCGCCGGACUCGCCCGACUUUGUCGCAUCGAGGACGAUGCGUGCUUUCGCAGAAGUCAAACUACAUACGUAUGUCACCACGAACACCCCAACCAAGACCCAAACCACUCACCACAAACGCAGCGCUCGCAUCAAAACCCAUCGCCUCUGCGCCUUCCAAGACAUAGACACCAUAUCCCCCGAGCCCCCCGAUCUCUCAGCCCCAGCCGACCCGAUCGACUUCUCCCUGGAAUCCGGAAACAGCCCGAUCUACAUCCAAGACCCCCCUGUCCCUCGCCACGCGCACCGUCUCCCCUUCCCGUUCUCCUCCGACGAAUCCUCCCGAAUCUGUCUCCACGCCGCAUUCAACGUCGUCGUCCUUCUCGACAACCUCCCCCAUCCGCGCCCUACCGCUGAGCCCUCCGAAACGAACGCCUCGCUAUCCCUGCGCCGACCGCGGCAUGAACUGCCCCGCACCAUGCCGACGCUGAUCUGCUGCGCCAUGCAAUCGGGGUACGCGAUGCUGAUGCUCUGCGUGAAAGCGCGCGCCCUGCAGCGCUACGGCGGCGAGGAAGCGAGUCGUCUGAGCGCGUCCUCGUUAACCGCGUUCCGGGAUGAGCUGCAUCAGAGCUUGCGGGGCGUGGUCAAGUGCUUGGAUAAUUACUGUAUUGCGUAUGAGGCACUACACGGCGUUAAAGACGAGAUAUCUCAAGCAAUAGAGCGCGAAUUCCGACUUUGAAGUUCUGCGAUAGUGCAGUAACUGCCCCUGCACCUGCAACUUCCAAGGUCUUUAGAUCUGCACCCUUUGAUUUCACUCUUAUUCGCAUUUGCGAUUGGGACUGCGACCGUGAACAUGACUGGUAGUUUUUAAUUCCCAGAUCGAUGUCUGGAUGUUGAUUUUGGUUUUAUUUGAUAUGUUUGGUUGGCUUGGCUUAUUUGCAUCACCUACCUACCUACUGGAUGCUAGAAAUAUCCUGGGUAGGUCACGAAACGGACGGUACACGCUGAUAAUAAAUACACGAGACGAGGCAUGACUGAAGAAUGAAAAUAGACUUGAUAAUGAAUA